AUAAAUAUAAUAUAAUGUAGUGGACUUUGCAUGUUAUAUUUUUCAUAUAACACAGGAUUCUUUAAUAUUAUAUAUGCUAUACAAUGUGUAUUGAACUGUGUCUUGACGAUACAUAUGAUUUCGAUCUGAUGUACGUCAUUGGAUAAAUUGCUGUCUAAUUGAAUGUUAUUUCAUUUUUAGACUUAAUGUAUCUACUAAAUACAGUACAAUGAUUAUUAAAAACUAUAUACAUGGCUGAUUAUAAUAUCCAUGGCUAUUCGUGACUGAUAUAUCUUACUUGAUAUGCACUAAUGAAGUUUCUUGGAAGAUACCGGUUGAUAGUACCAGCGGCUGUCGCCAAACCAUCACCUUCUAUAGGUCAAGCAUUAGGUCCAUUGGGUAUUAACAUGACAGAUUUUUGCAAGAAAUUUAAUGAACGGACGCAGUUAAUUAGGCCGAAUGUUCCAAUUCAAGUAAGGAUAUAUACGUUAUCAAACGCGUCAUAUAAAUUCUCACUUCGAACUCCUGGAUCGCAAUGGUUUUUACGUAGGAUCGCUCGUGUUCCUAUGGGAUCAUCUAAGCCUAAGCAUGAGAUUGUAGGCAAUGUUACCUUAAAAGAGGUUUAUCACAUUGCCAAAUGUAAAUGUAUGGAUCCGCCAUUAAUAGGGAUUCCUUUAUAUGUCAUAUGUAAACGUAUUAUCGGUACGGCUAAAGCCAUGGGAAUCGCGGUAACUCGGGAGUUGAUGCCUGAAUUCCGUAAGCGUGAUUACACACGAGUGUCUCAGCUAGACCAAAUGAAGAAAGAUAUUCGUAUGCAUCGCAAAUCGCAGAAACGCGGGAAAAAGUAGUAGAAAUAUAUACCAAACUACUAUUUUGAAUAUUACACAUCUACCA